AAAAAAAAAAUUUUUUUUCUUUUCUUUCUUCAUCGAUAUUUCGAUACCUCAUCAUAAAAAUGUCACCAUCAUCAUCGUCGUCAUCAAUAACAUCAUCAUCAUCAUCAACAAUUAAAUCAUCAUCAUCAUUACCUUAUCUAUGUUUACGAGAAAUAUUCGAAUUCGCAUUACAAAGUAAAUCAGGAUUACUUUUCUCAUGUAUUUUAGUUUGUAAAUUUUGGAAUGAAUUGGCAAUUCCAAUUUUAUGGAGGGAUCCAUUUUAUAAUCUUCAUAAUCAUAAAAAAAUAACACAUCUUUUAGAUGUUUAUCUUUUUAAUUUUACUUUAAAAGAAUUAAAAAAUUCAAAUUUACCAACAAAAUUAAUUGAAGAUUAUAAUAAUAAAAAAAGUUCAAAAUAUAAUUAUGCGGAAUUUUUACGUAGAUUAAAUCUUACACAAAUUCGAACUGCGACAUCAUUUUGGAUAAAAAAUAAAAAAUAUAAAGAUAUUUAUAAAGAUAUUAUUAAUCCAAAAGAUUGUCAAAUAUUUCAAUCAUUUUGUAAUCAUUUUAUUAAACAUUCUAAAAAUAUUAAAUAUAUAGAAUUUGAACCUGAAUAUAAUUCUUUAUUUGAUUUUAAUUUAUUUGAAUUACCAGGAGCUGAAAUUAGUCUUACUAAUUUAAGUAAAUUUUCAUGUUAUGGGGAACCUUAUAAUAUAAAUUUAUAUGAAAGUGCAUCAAAAAUUUCAACAAAAAUUCAAGAUUUAAAAAUCAUAUUAUUUUAUGGAUGUCCAAUUAAUCCUUCAACUUUAAUUAAUAUAUCAAAUUUUAUAAGAUCACAACAUCAAAUUAAAGAAUUCUUUAUAGAUAAUAGAAUUGGAUGUGAUUGUUGUACACAUGAUCUUUCUUUAGCAUUAGAUUUAACAAUAAUUUUUAAAUCUUUAAAUACUCAAAUAUCAACUUUAUCACGUAUAAAUUUUAUUUCAAUAGAUUUUCAUAAUAAAUUUCCUUUUGAUCAAUUAUCAAAAUGUGAAAAUCUUUUAGAAUUAAAUAUUAAAGGAUGUUGGAAUUUUGGAGAUAUUAAUUUAAUAGAUUUAAAUUAUAAUUAUAAUAAUUCAUCAUUUAAGAAUUUAUCAGAUUUACAAAUUAUUAAAAGUUCAAUACCUGAAAUAUUAAUAAAAAUUUUAUUAAUACAAUCAGGAAAAUCAUUAAAAAAUUUAAAAUUUGAACAAACUUAUUUAGAAGAAAUAUUUACAGAAAUUCUUAUUUAUUGUAUAGAAAAUAAUCCAAAUUUAGUAAAUGUUUUAAUUUAUAUAGAUUCUAAAGAAAUUCAAUAUUUACCAAAAUUUUUAAGAUCUUCAACAAAACUUAAUAAACUUGAAAUUUGGGAUAAAAGUAUGAGAAGAAAAGAAAUGGAAUUACUUGAAAUUAUUAAUUUAGAUGAUGAAUUAUUUUCUGAUAUAGGAGAAUCUUUACCUAUUAAGUUAAAAGAUUUAACCAUUAAUAUGAAAUGGAAUUUUAGUAUUAAAUCUUUUGAAAAUUUUAUAAAAAAUUGUAAAGCUCCAUUAGAUAUAUUAAGUUUUGAAUUUUGUGAAUGUUUUGAUAAUGAUUAUUUUGAUAUUCUUAUAAAGAAUUUAAAAAGAUCAUUAAAAAAAUUAAAUAUUAGAUAUUGUAAAGCAAAAUUAAAUUCAGAAAUUCGUAAGAAAAAUGAAUAUUUAAUUCAACAAAUUGAUUCAUGACUGGGAAUUGGUUGGGAAUUGAGGAUCGGGGAUCGGGGAUCGGGGAUUGAAGAUUGAGGAGGCAUACUGUAGAGAGUGAUUAGCAUUAUCUGUUAUUAGUAUUGGUGCUUAUUAGUAUUAUUAACAAAAUAAAAAAUUAUUAUUAUUAUUAUUAUUAGCAUUAUUGUGUUAAUAAACUUAAUAAAUUUUUUUAUUAAUUUCAUUAAUGUGU